CAGGAUCAUGUGACACCAAAAUACAUUAGAAAAUCUCUCACCAGCCCACGACACAACCAAUCCAGAGAACUGGCGUGAUGUCAUGCUCAUUAUGUUGUGCUCAUUCACUGCAGAACCGUCACGCGAGUCGGUAUUUAAAUACAUAACCUAAAAGUCGGGACAGUGAUGUGAACGUCGAUAGUGAAUAUUUUGUAUGGAGUGCUUUCAAGUUCCAGCGAAUUUAAUUCGUGUUAAUUUGUUUUGUGAUAUGUAGUUGAUCUUCGAGUGUUUACAGCAGGUAACGCGUGUGAAAAUGCCUACCCCAAUGGACACGAUGAUUUACUCCCCGUCCACGAACCUCGUGGACGCGGUAAUCGACGAAGUGGCUCUGGAGGGCCUCGACGGUAUCACCCUGGAAGCCCUGUGGCAACGCCUAGCAAUGCGACUUCAGAUCAGUCAUCCCUUUCCCUCUCCCCUGAUGGAGCAAAUCUGGUGCAUCUGCACUUCCACGAACAACUUCCUUUUCUACCAAUUGGAGACCCCCAGACCCCCUCUGGUGAUCUACGAUCGUUACGAGUUUGUGGACGCAGAUAUGGGGACGAUCCUCGAACCCGAGGUGGUCCCAGAGGACAUUUACGAGCAUUUUCCAGUCGACGAUCCAAAAACCGGUGACAGAGGUUCCUGCAAAAGCUAUUACACAAGACAGCCCAUUGAUUCCAUCAGAACCAUGAGUUUGGCUUCUGCAGAUGAGAAAUACGGUCAGAAAUUAGUGAUUGUUGGCUCUCAAGCCACGAGGCAGAACGCUCUCAUGGGUGACUCACUCUGUCCCACUCUGGAGCUCAACAUCGUGCAGUACUGCUUCCUGGAACGAGUGGGAAGAUCCAGAUAUCACGGUGAAGUUACCCAGGGCAAGCGAAGCCUCAGUAUUCUAGGCGAAGAGCCAAAAUCUCUCUUCUACCACAGAAAGUACCUGACAAAACAUAGAAUGAUAACGAAGCAACUGCAUCACCAGAAGAUCUCGGGUCACGGAACGAGUGGAAGUCUACUGCAUCUCCCCAGGUUCUUCGUUGAACGAAAACCCAAGAUGAUCUACCUAGCUGAGAAAAUCGUUGAUAUCCUGAAGACUCGGGAGAACUAUAUCGCGGAUUACAGUGAAAUUAAGAAAGAACUGCAGAUAGAAAGGACGAUAAAAAAUCUGUUCAAAUUGGCGGUUUUUCAAAAGGUCGCCAGAACGGAUCUUCUGGUUCCUUACAGAACGCUGUACCCUCAUGCUGAUGUUUCAGAGUGGCAGAGGAAGAGCUCCAACGUGGAGAAGAAGAUCAAGGCUAUCCAGUUGCUGGAUCCAAACAUUGAUCUCACCGAGUUAUGGAAUAAAGAGGAUCUGGAGGAGGAAGAGGUUUAUGAUCUGGAUAUAUCGAAACAGAAAGUCAAUGAGCCACUUCUCAAACAGGCAAAUCAGUACGUGGAAAGGUCUAGUCACGAAGGAUUGAGUCACACUGAACUAGGAAAGAGUAUGGGUGUGUCUAAACUACAGUCGAGAACGAUAUUCAGAAAUUUGGCGAAGAUGCAGGUUGUGGGGAUUUACAUGAACGAUAUGGGCCGACAGAGGAUCACCAAGUACGUCUCCAAGAGGUUCGAGAAGAACAGUAAGAUUAGCAAACAGUUCAAGACUGAGAUGACCAAGAUGAAGGCGCUCACGAAAAUUUCACAUGCGAACAGUCCUCCUCCGACUGUAUCCCCUCCUCCUGAACCCAUUAAUUCUGGGGUAGAGACUCAUCGAGUGGAUUCUGUGGCGGAGAGAAUGGACGUGGACCCUGAGGAACUUCUUAUAGUCCCCAAAUCCUCGAGAGAAGACCUCAAUAUGCUGUUCUCAUCCACUAAUCGAAUUCUGAAGAAGUACAAGCACCAGAGAAUCCGUAAAUACCAGGUCACCCAUCGGAAUUUAUCCACAGAAGAAAUCAAGAACCUUCAUUCAAGAAUAAAAGACUUAUCAGAUCAAAUGAAACAUUCAUUGUUACCUGCAAAACGACUUAAACUGGAGCCAGAAGAGCCUUCGAAAGUUGACGCUUGUGAUAUUCUCCUUCAGGAAAUUAAAGUCCCUGAAAUGCCGAAAGGUGAACUGCGGAGUCUCCUCAGAGAAUUGCACUCGGACGAGACUCAGUAUUCUGGCACAAUCACCUAUCGAAUUCUGAAGCGCUCCAAUAUGAUAAUUGAAUCAGUGAAGGAGCACAAAGUCAUCGACGACCUGACGAAGCUUACGAGAAUGAUCAACGAGGAGGAGGAGCGUGAGGGAUACGACGUAAAGAUCGAUAAAAAAUCACUGCUUCGACUGUUGCAGAAGCUGUCAGCUGAGAAUCUGGUGAAGAAUAUUAACUUAACCCUGACCUCGAAAGGAAGAAAAAAGAGUAUAACUUUCAUUUGUGAUCCUAGCAUCGACAUUAAUCACACGGUGAUUCAAUCGGCGGUGGAACAAGCCAGAAUAAAAUUCUGCGUCAUGAAGUGCCACAGGUCGAAAUCCACUUUUUCAGAAGCAGAUGAUGAGAAUUCUCCCCAGAAGCGACUGAAGAGGAAAUGUAAACUAGACACAACUACCCUCGAUGUUCCUGCGGACAUAAAGUACGAUCCAAAAGUGGGACGGAAGUACGGAUACAGUCCAAAAUUCGUUAGGAUGAAAAUAAUCCACUUGAUGCUGUAUUACAUUAUUCAUGAUUAUCCCACGACGCCUCCUUCCUGCCAAUCUGAACAUAUUCAGGGUCUUCGAGCCAGAGGAUACAAAAUCGACCAUAAAAUGGAAAAAGAAAUGGGGACUAUAUACAAUAGCCAAGUUGGCUGGAAGAUGUUCAUCCCUCCGUUGAUCCCUCACAUUGGCUGGCCCCAUGGUUGGGUCCUCAUGUGUGAUAUUCUCCACAGAAUUCCAUUAUCCAUUCUCGUUAAGUUCUACAACGUCCCUUAUCGAAUGGCAGACCUUGAUUACUACCUGGAAGAUCCAAUCAGGAAGCACACACUCAUCAAAGACCUUCCCACACCCCUCAGGAAUGCCAUCCUCUUCAACAGAAAAUAUAUUUUCAGUUUUCACGAGACAAUAACGAGAUUGUGUUUCAUUGGACUAGUCCAGUUUGGCCCACAGAAGCUGAAGGAAAAGGACCAGGUGUUCCUUUAUCUCAACAAAAGAAGUGAACUCUUUGACACGACGACAUCAGCACCUAGCUACCACAAAAUUGAUGAGCAGGAUUACCUCAGACAGCGCUACUACUUCGAUAAGAUGCAGGUGGUGGAGAAGUACUGGUACGACAUGUGGAAUAUCUGCAUCAAUACUCAAUUGGGGGGACGACUAGCAGUUCAGGGGACUGAUAUAAUCCUGGAAGAUCUUGCCAAGAAAUCCGAAAUGAUCGAGACGUUGCAGGCUCGGUCACCAGAUGAGGCUGAGCGUCGCGACCUUGGGGAGCUACCUGGGGAUAAAAGAGGAGCAGCUGGCAUUGACUCCGCCUUCUUCGCGCAUUUAAAACGAAAUUGGAAUUGGGAAAACUUCAAUCAUAACUGUACAUCUGUAAUUGAACCUAAGAAAUCCCCUGUGAAAACAACCAAACGAAAUAUUCAUCUCUCCAAGAUCGAGGCUAAACCUCUCAAAUUUACGGAGUUCAAAGGCCUCAAGAAGAGUGGCCCAACGAAUUUGGAUGCUAACGAUCUGAAAAUCCCUAGUGAUAAGAAACUCACUUCCACAGAUAAGCAGAUGAAGCACAAAAUACUGUCAGCCAAGAUGAAGAAACAGCACACGAUUGUCAGGAGGGUUCUCCCCAGGAAGCAGCCUAAGAAAGGAAAUACUAAAGUCAAGUACGACGAUAUUGAUUACUCAGCCCUUCAGAAGAUGAACAAGCUCAGAGUCGAGUGGGAUUCUCGUGAGGAUAACAUUCUGCUCGUCUGCAGGGUUGUGAUGAGUUACUUAUGCCCAAAUCCAAGAAGACAAGUGAUCAAUUGCACUGCAGUUCGAGACGUUUUGAGGUUUUACUCCUCGAGUUCUCACAACAAGACAUCGCGAGCUUGUCAGAGAAGACUACUCUACAUGCUGAAGCAACCGCAGACGAUGCACUCGGUAGGUCUCGGAGUGGAAGAGAUUAAGCAGAGUUAUUACAUUCACAAGAGGUACAACAAUAUCGUCGACAAGAUCAAGCAGGAGUACCCUAGGGACUCAGACGAGAGAAUCAUCGAGGUAUUCAAGACACUAGUCUCCUACGUAGCGAAAAAAUACUACGAUAUCUCAGAGUCUGAGACGAAGGAGGCUGGACCUAUGCCAAAGACAAUUCAAGAAUUCAAUUUGUUUUAUGAGAUAACUCAUCCUCAGAAACCUCAUAGCCACUUGGGGUUCACUCAGGAGGUGAGGAGUACCAAUGAUAUCCACACAGCGACCAUCAAUUCAGUUAUCUACAGUUCUAUGUGCUGUGGGAAGGAUCGAAGAUCCUGGGCAUAUCAACUCUUCAGGAUUUAUCAACAAUACUCUGAGCUUCUACUUAAAAAUGCUAUGGGAAAGAUCAGGGCUGAUCACAUGGUGUCUGUCAAAAAGCAUUAUCUGAAUGCCAUCAAGAAAUUUGGAAAUUGUAUGCCGAUGAGCUCAUCGCAGUACCAACUGAGCACUGCUUAUCUCCAUAAAUUCCAGACCAAAGUCCCCGUCGAGAUUUACGAGGAAAUCUUCGAGUUCCUGAAAAAUGUUAUCAAAGGACACGAGGACAAUACUCUUGGAGAUGUAGGUGGGGUCGAGAUGGUGAUUCCAACUGGUGGAAUGUUGGUGGGAAUUCCGGAGUAUCUUGUUGACGAAGCCAUUGAUUUCAACGUUGAAAUUCCUGAUCAUGUUAUUGCACUGGAUCCUAAACUCCAGGAAUACGAUGAAAUGUACAUUACGAUUGCUAAACGAUAUCAGGAUAUUCUGACGAGUCUUCAGCAUUCUGAUCUUCAGAGCGAUCCUUCGUCGGUAUCCAGAGCUCCUCCACGUGCUCCUGUCAUUAAACCAGCGAAAGGCGAUGGUCGGGGAGCUGAAGGGACUUCAGAUUCUGAUAAGAUUAACAUUGACGCGGAAACUACUCUGCCCAAGUCGUCUACGAAGAAAAUUGGACCUAUGAAGACCCACUGGAAGGAAUUGAAAAAACCCAGUCCUGGAGAGGAUUCCAAUAGUGAUUGCGUUUCAAAUCCGGAAGAAUGUAGAAGCGAUCUUGAUGAUGAUGUUGAUAAUGACUACAUAAAGCUUCAGGAUGGAACGAUAAUCCAAAUCAGCAAAGAAGAUAUUGAGAUUGCUAAAUCAACUCCAGUUGAUGAUCGCAUUCACAAGGCUUUUCUGUCGACAAGAUCCGAAGAACUCGAGGAUGUUUCGACAUUUAGUGCAGUCGAUAAGCUCCGGGAUAUUGUUGCAGGACAUAAAAUUGUUAAAAUGGACGUAGAUCUUGAGAACCAUCGUCAGGAAAGAAAGCAGAGGACAACGAACACGUGUGGAGACAACUCGGCGAUUGUUUCUUACGAAACACCAAAGAAGACCUCCAAUUACCUGAAUGAUAUCGUAGCGACGAUGGACAGCACCAUAAAAUGUGAAUACGCUCUGGAUGAAAAUAAUAAGGACUCAGCUGACAGUGGUCCUCGUCACACAAGAAUUGCCCUUUUGACGAUGAGAGAGGAGCUCAAUGAAGACGUUCCUGAUAGUCAUCACGCUCAUGAGUACUUCGUGGUGAAUACCUUCGGGAUAUUUUUCUCAUUCCCGCAUCUUCGAGGAGAAAUUGAGGAUCAUCCUGGGGGUAGUCUGAUGAAAUCCGAGAGAUUGUUAAUGGUGAGGGAUGAUAUGUACAAGGAGGUUCUUGCUGAUCUCAGGAAAUUUGCUGUUUUUCCUAGAGAAUUUCCGAGAUAUGAUGAGAUAAAGAGAUUGUCAGAGGUGGAGGACAUCAAAGAAUCUGAGAUUGACAUUAUUUAUGACUUUGUGAGGGACAGGAGGGAGCAGGGAGCAACUCUGAAGCAACUGGUGAUGCAAUUUCAUGAAGUACUUGACAAACGAUUGUAUGAUAUCCUGUCCUUCUUAACUGAUCAAAAAUUAUUCUUACGAAGUGGAGUGACAGAUAUGCAUUACAUUCAUCACAACUUUGUGGAUCCCUGGUUGAUUCAGUCGAUAAGGAUUAUGAGACUACAGAAGGAGGCCCUACCUCCAGUGCCACCUGGAAUAGUCUACGUGCUGAAUUCUGAAAGUGAUGAUGCACAGAGUGCGAAGAAACCAGAGGCAGCUGGUAGUAGUAAGAAGACACCUAGUGAACAGGGAAGUCCAACGGUGCCUGCUAACGAACAACAGAAAAAUCUUCAGAAAAAGAGAACCUGCCUUCUACAGACCAAGGACAUUUACACAGCAGCCAAGAAACUUGACCUGAAUUCAGCUGAGGAUAUAAAUGUUGUGGUGAGACCUUGGAUUCAGAUUGAUGGUUUGCUCAACAGGAAAAGCCUUGAACAAAUGCUUGGAGCUGUCCUUGGACACUGUCUGACACAUCCUGGAAUUAUUCUAGUCAGAAUUCAAGAACGAUUUAUACCAGCUCUGCAACCCUAUCAUACGAGAGAACUUGUUGAGAUUCUGGUGAAACUGGGAUGUUUGCGGGUCAGGGUUUUGCAGAAGGGGCCGGCGAAUUUGUUCUCUCGUUCCACCUUCACAAAAAUUACAUUUCCAAUCAGGGAGGAUGGAGGGAUGGAGUUCGAUGAUGAGAUGGUCGUUGAACCGACGUUUGGGGCUGUUGUCAAAUUUUCGAGUUUCUUGAGGAAAAAUCGAGAACAUCUUUGAGGAAUUCAAUGGGAGGGACGAAUUGUUAAUUUAUUUUUAUUCGAUAUUUAAUGUUGUAUAUUUGAUUAUAUGAAAUUACAUUGUUCUUUUUCAUUCGCAUUGACAAUAAUACGAAGAUAUGAAUUUCUAUUAUAUCGGGAAACCUGAGGAUUUCUCGAUUUUUCAUAAUUCACUGUGAACAUUAGAUUUUUAGAAAAAAUACCCAAAUUUGUCAUACGUCUAAAUAUCACGAAAAAUAAUAAAUUUAUGAGAAUAAACUUAUUAUUUCUUCGUGAUUCACUGAAAAUUCAAGAAUAUUUUCAUUGAAAGUAUGUAUGAAAUAUUCUAAAUAACGAUUUCCUAGCGAUUCGUAAUUGUUUAUGUUUUCAUGCAAUUACAAUUACGCAAAAAUUGUAAAUAUAUCUGAAACAAAUACUUAAAUCACUUGGGAAUUCAGUGACGCAGAAUAUCGUUUUAUUUAUGACUUCUCACCUAAUUGACGUUUCCAUGAAAUUUAUAUUCCGAUGUUGACAUCGACGCUGUACAUAUUUGUAAAUAUAAAAAAAAUUUCUUCAGAUGAAGGAAUAAAAGCUCUGGUUCGGCGGAAUUAAAUUAAAUUUUCAAUAUUCCUUAAUUAAUAGAGGAAAAUCGAAAAA